UCGACCAUUUUUUUUGCGUGUAUGUAGUUUUAAUUGUGCUGGUCGAGAAAAAUUGUGUGAAAAGUCCAUGAAAACGUUGCAAAUACAACGAAAAAGUGUUGUGCUGUGCACUAAACGCUUACGCGUACUGAAUAGUAUUCAAAAAACAAUGUACACACAGUAAUUCCAUUGAAUAAAACGGCAUUUGUCCAUCAAAGACGAUUUAGCCUAUACUUCAAAGCACUUUGCAACUAAUAAGUUUUGGAGAUAAACAACUGAGUGUCUUUGCUGUUUGUUCACUAUGGUCUCAACGCGCCAAAUGUGCGGCAAUGCGGGAGGCGCCGGUGGUUAUGAUGAGGCGCCAAUAACUACUCGCGCCACAGUAGUGCGGCGAACCACACAUUAUCAGCACCAUCACCACCAGCCGCAGCAACAGCAGCAGCAGCAAGUGCAACAGCAUCAGCGGCAGCAGCCGCUGGCCACCAUCGCUCCCGUUUUAAAUUUCCUGGACUUGCCCACGGAGCUGAUCAUCAAAACGCUCGGCUACUUGGAUUAUAAGAAAAUCAGCAAUUUAAGAUUGGUGUCGAAUCGCAUGAACGACAUUUGCAUGAAUAUGUUGAAUGCGGCUUUCGCAAAGCAGAUUAAGACGACUUUCAAUCGCUUUCAAUCGAUAAAGUCGAGCAUGCCGCGCCGCGAGUCGGCUCGUCGUCAUCAUCCGUUGGCCUGCGAAUGCGACAUUAUCGAGACUUGCUAUAUGCGACUGUCGUUGCUCCAAAUGUCCAUGGGCAAGCACAUCGAGCGUGGUCACUGCUGUUUCUUUCCGGGUGCCAUUCUUGAUGAAGUGCAUUCGAUUUUGAACUACAUCAGUAUUACGCCGCGGUUGCAGCGUCCUUAUCGUGUCACCGAUGAGCUAUUCGAUCUCUCCACCAUGGCUAUGGAGUACUUUAAGGACCGCAUUGAGCCUACUCUGCCGGGCUUGGCCUACUUUAACAAGGACUUUUUCCAAUUGCCCGUUACCACAAAGCGGCCUACCUUAGCAAUUAGCUCAGAUCUCUCGGACAGCUCGAAUAACUCACCACCUCAGAACCACAUGGUGUUGCGUAAGGGCAUACGCAAGAUCAAGCAGGGCAUGAAGAUGUACAAUAAUCAGCUAUCAGUGCUGCGCACCGAGCUAAGGAACUGCAAACGCAAAUCCGCUGAGCAGAGCAAACAGCUUGCCGAACAGCAAAAUCUAUUGGCGGAGCAUCAGAAGCAGACGCUGGAAUAUGCCAAUCGCCUGGACGAGAAUGACAAGAAGAAUGAAGAAAUGGCACGCAAAUUUUCCACAUUGUUGCAGGAACUCAACAAGUGCAAAACCGAGCUGCAAUUCUGGCGCUCUAAGAGCCCUGCAAUACCGUCGGUCUGCAGUUCAUGCAAUUUGAAAGUGACUCCAGUGUUACCGCACGAGGAUUUAAAAGCGCUGGUCAAUCAGGGUGUCGAUCCGGAUAACAUAAUCAUAAUCAACGAUGAGACCGAGGCGGAUGAGACGGCUGCCGCCAAUGUAGACGGGUGUGAGCUGAACGCAAGCGUUGAGAACCCAUUCGCCCUGCCAGAUGAGGCAACCACAUCCAAGCUGUUAGCCGUUAAUUCGGCUGCCAAAAAUCUCAAACGCAAAUAUGCUUCAACGAUGAUGGACAGCGAAAUCGCUGCAACGUCCAAUAUAAUUGCGUCCAAUGCGACAUCGCCGUCUCAGGAUCUAGCGAGCCAACAGGUAGAAGCCAGCGGCAGCACCAGCUGUGGCUAUUCGACGAAACUCUUUUAUGGCAAUCAUCAACGUAGCGGCGUGAUUGUGAGUCCAGUGUCCAUUAAGCUGGUGCCAAUGCUGCCUCCCAAUGGCAAUGAAAUGGAAAAGGGAAACGAGCAGCAGUUGCAAUUGCUCCAGCCAAUCAAAAGUGAAUCAAUUCAAGCAACUGCUGAGUCCCAUUUGGGCAAUGUAGUUUUCGUGGAGCAAAUGGAGGCGAAGAAGGCACGUAGAGUACAAAAGGCCAAUAGGUGCUUAAAUGCAUCUGGCAAACGCAGUAAAUAAGCAUAAAAACAUAUACAAAUUAAAUUUUUUACUACUUAUACAUACACACAUAUAUUUACAUAUAAAAGUCGCGCGCACACACACACACCCAGCGAAAGUGUGUGUGUGUGUGAGUGUUUGUGUGCGCGCAAUGUAGUGUUAAAAAGUAAAAACAACAACAGAGGAAUCAAAUUAAAUAUACAUGCAUAUAUAUAGUUACCUAUAUGUAAUUGUAUAUGUAUCUUUUACGAACAUCGAAUGCAUUAGGCAUUCUGAUUAUCAUUAUUAUUAUUAUUAUUACUAUUACCAUUUACAAAAUGUAUCUGUAUGUUCUAUACACACACACAUAAAUACAGCCGGAAGCAAAAAACACUUAAAAUUGUUUGAAAACACAUAUACACAACAAUUUGUAUGUGGUUUUGAAAUAUCGGCGGAGCAAAAGCCAUAAUUAUAAUUUAAAAGCAGCAUAAUUUUUAAUAUUAGUAGCCACACAAAGCACACCAACACAACAAAUUAAGGAAGGUGUGAAACAAAACAAUAUAAAUCAUAAAAAGAAAUGGCAAAGAAAUAUUUUAAAUAAAACUUUAAUGCAUACAAAAUCAA